CGAGUCGGCGGAUAGAGCCAGCGGAGGUGGGUGGGGCCCGAGACGGUGGGUGGAGCCCGAGCCUGCGGGUGGUGCUUGGGCCUAAAGUUGCUGUGAAUAGGUGUGUUGGCUCUGGAAGUCGCUGACUCGGUGUUGGUCCCUGGAUGGUCAGUUCCUUCCUCCACAGUAACGGCCGGGCAGGGCUUCCGCCAGCAAAGUCUUCACUGCAGUUCCUGCCAUGGACUCGCUGGACGCUCAGUCCGCUCCAAUAAUUACAGGUUAUUUUCCUCUGUCCAAAAGCCUGGAACCUCUUUGUUUGGCAGCAGUAUCCACCUUGGUCUUCUCCUGAGAUCUCCAUCAUCACCAUCUUCAAGAACGGAUUCUAUUCACUCCGAGGGAUGUCAAGAAAUAGCUGAGUGCAUCCGAUAACAUACCGCCUAUAGUACUGAAGAUUUGUACUCCAGAACUAGUCAUACCCCGAACCAAGUUGCUACACUACGGGCAUCACAGUGUGGAAAAUUGUUCAGAUACCCAAGAACUGAAACCUGGCCAGGCAGCGGAUGAAGACCAUAGAGAGUGCGAUGUUGAAGUCUCGCUGUCACUUGAUUUCACACAGAAGAAUAAUCAGCAUGAGAAAUUGAAAUGAAAUUGACAGCUUCAGGGACCUCGUUUAUACAAUCUUCAAGAUGUUGCUUUUAUCUCCAACACCAGCUUGAAGGAACCAGAAAAAAAUGUUCAUAGCCAUGGUCACCUGUACAACCAUUGGAAACAUUUCCUUGCCCUGCUCUGGAGUUGAAGUUGUGGCUGCAGCAGGGUGUACUGCAUAGAAUUUAUUGAAAUUAUGAAGGCUAUUAUUCUGGCUGCUGGCUAUGGUACAAGAUUCAAUCGUGAUCUACAGAAUGACACCAGUGGAGAUUUCAAGCACCUCUGUGGCAUCCCCAAGCCCCUUCUACCAGUAGGAAAUAAGGCGCUUAUCAGCCACUGGAUGGCAGCAAUGGAAAAAAUCAACUCUAUUGAUGCAGUUUAUGUUAUUACAAAUGAUCUCUAUUCUACAAAGUUUGAAGACUGGGCAAAGGAAUUCCAACUAGUUAAAGUUCUGAAUGAUGGAUCAAGAAGCAAUGAGGAACGGUUGGGUGCUAUCGCUUGUCUUCAGCUUGCCAUUACUCAGUUUAACAUCAAUGAUCAUGUAUUGGUCCUAGGCGGGGACACUCUGUUCUAUGAAGACUUCAGUCUAUCUGAUGUCCUUGCACAAUUUGCUGAGCUGCAGAGUAUCCACAGUGACAGCAGUUUGGUUUUGUCUUACCUAUGCAAAGAUGAAGAAAUUACAAAGUAUGGCAUUUUAGAAAUUAAUGAAGAGUUCCAAGUCACUGCAUUUAAAGAAAAACCCAGCUGUACUGAAACAACAUCUCGCAGAGCUUGCCCAUGCUUCUAUAUAUACUCAAAAAAUACAGUUCCUUUGAUUGCAAAAUUUCUUCAAGAAAAGCAAAAAUCACCAUUGGAAGAGAAGGAUGCACCUGGCAAUUUCUUAUGUUGGAUCCAUUCAAGGAAACCAGUGUUUGUUCAUCAUAUAAGUGGUCGAUUUGAUGUUGGAAAUCUUCCAUCUUAUAUCGACUGUACCAAAUAUUUCCAGAAGUAUAGUGAUUCAUAAUGAUUGGAAAACUGCUAGUCAUUCAAAUCAAUGUUUUUAAAGACUUGUGAAUCGGCUUUGUAUGGUAUCUGUAUUCAUUUCCUUUUUGUUAAUGCUUCUCAAAAUGAGCUAGUUAAUAGUUAAAACAACGCAAAAUUUCUGUCACCAUGCAUUUAAUUCACAAUAUCCUAUGGAAAUAUAAGGUCCUGAAUUACUGCUUUUAAAAAUAAAUUUCUAUUACAGUAGGAUUGAGUGUACACUAACAAGCAAUAUACAGCUGUAGACUUCUCAUCUUGCUUAAAUUGAAACUGGCACAUAUUUCAUUCAGUAGAUCAGUGACAGUACAUUUACAACAUAUGAAGCAGUCUCAUUAAGAAAAUGACCCCAUAAAAGUUCAGGUACAGCAUGGUUCUACAAGAAAUACAAAUUUUUUGAAUGAUAAUGCAGCCACAAAAUGUCUGGAAAUCAAGUCAGUCAUUUAUAUGGCAAUUUCUUUAGGAAAUACGCUAAAAUGGUGAAGUCAGAUUUUCUUGCAUUUGCAAUUCAGUGGUCAUAUGCUUCAUAUUGAUGAUAUUGCUCCAGCAUAGAACCCAAACAUGACAGACAGAAAGAGACUAUUCAGUGCUUUAAAUUUAUAACAAUUAGAAGUCAGGAUGUCCAAGUUUCAGUGUAACUAUAUACGCUUGAAAAAAAAUCAAGCUUUUUAAAAAUUGUAAUUAUGAAGUUACUUGAACUGAGGUGUUUAAAUUUUGGCAAUGAUUACAUGCUUUAUGACAUCAAUGCUAGUAUUUUUAAAAUUAAGAUCACUCUUUGUAAACUUGUGAAGUUGAAUUGAGUGGAGGAAUUCUGAAACAGGUUUGUUGUGCCAAACCAACAAAGUUAAUUUUCUUUCUAAUGUUAAGUCAUCUUUUGCAUCAAACAAACCAAGUAGGUUUGGAAAUUAAACCUUUGGGAAUGAACUGUACCUCAACUAUUUCAAUAAAGUGAAAUACAUUUUACCGCUA